AAAACUCAUCUUUUUCCCCAGAAAAAAAGAAAUGCGAAAAGCUGUCCACUCCAUUGAGUACAAAAGGCAGGAAUUAUGGAAGCAUCUGCCUGGCAUGGCCCUUCGUCCAAAGCAUUAAAAAACUUGUCUUCGUUUAUUGUUCAUUGCAAUCUCAUCAACUGACGUUUACGUCCCUCCUGUCACGAUCUGUUCAGCAUUGGAGAGAGAGAGAGAGAGAGAGAGAGAGAGAGAGAGAGAGAGAGAGAUGGGGAACAGCGUAGGAUUAGGAAGGAGUAGGAGAGCAAAGGUGAUGAAGAUCGACGGCGAGACCGUGAAGCUGCGGACCCCGGUCCGGGCUUGCCAAGUGGUGGAUGACCACCCGGGCUACGUGCUGCUCGACUCUGAGUCGGUCAAGCGCUUCGGCGUCCGAGCACGGCCGUUGGAGCCGGACCACGAGCUCAAGCCCAAGAAAAUCUACUUCCUCGUCGAGCUGCCCACGUUCCCCGACGAGCACGAGAAAGCUCCUAGGCGGGUUGGAUCAGGUAUACAGAUGGGCGCUAAGGAUCGGCUGGAGUGCCUGAUGCUGUCGCGGAGAGCCACGUCAGACAUCGUUAGGCCGAUGCAGGCAAGUUUCCGGCAAGACAGUGCGGAGCCGGUGCAGUUGAAGAUGCGGAUUCCGAGGGCGCAGCUGAAAAAAUUGAUGGAGGAAAGUAUGGACGAGGCAGAGGUUGCUCGGCGAAUUGUCGAUCUUUACAUGGGAAAAGUUCAAAUUUUCGGAGAGACUAAGCAUUUGGGGAGUGAUCAGAAAUUGUUGAUUCACCAGCAUCAGGAGGGUCACCGGAAGCCGGCACUUGGUGGCAUUAGGGACGGCUUCAAGGCCCGGGAGAAGCGAGUGAGCUUCGAUCCGACGGACGCGGGAGAAGUUCAUAUAGGCUUACACUCGCGACGAUAGUCCCGAAGCUCGGUUUGAUGUUAAAUAGACCGGCUAAUUGCUUCGAGAUUGCUACUUGGGGGCACAAAAUUCAGCGAUGUUUCUCUUUGGCAAGGAGUGGUUUUGGUUCAUGACUACGUUUAGCUUCUAAUGUAUGUAAUUCUCUGAGCUGAUAGCAUGUUGUUCAUAUGUAAGAUGCUGAUAUGUUAUUAGUGUUCCUAACUGCCUUUUCUUCAUAAGACAAAUUGGCCCAUCUGUAACAUCUCAAACCUGGAAGUGUAUUCUCUGGUUUGCUUC